AGAAGACGAAACGAUCGUCAGAGAGAGAGAGAGAGAGAGAAAGGUCAUCCCCCUCCCAUCAUCAUCCCUCACUCUGAGAAGAUUUUGUUCUCAUCUGAUUCCGCCGAUCUUCUCAUGGCCGGACGUUGCUGAGAGGCUUUAAGAAGAGAUUUGCGCGAUUUGAGUGAGACGCGGUGAAGGAAGGAGAUAGAUCUCUUGUAUCGCGAGAACACGUGUCUAAAGGCAUUCACUAAGGAGUAUAAUUCAUACUGAGAGAGGAUAGAAGAUGGCUGAUGGGAUAUCAAGCUUUUGGGGUCCCGUGACUUCUACUAUAGAGUGCUGUGAGAUGAACUACGCCUACUCAUCCUACAUUGCAGAGUUCUAUAACACCAUUUCCAAUGUCCCUGGAAUCCUAUUGGCUCUCAUUGGUCUUGUCAAUGCGUUAAGGCAACGGUUUGAAAAGAGGUUUAGCAUUCUUCACAUCUCGAAUAUGAUUCUCGCUAUUGGCAGCAUGCUCUACCAUGCCACUUUGCAACACGUACAACAACAGAGUGAUGAGACCCCAAUGGUGUGGGAGAUACUUCUUUACAUGUACAUCCUUUACUCACCAGAUUGGCAUUACCGAAGCACAAUGCCUACUUUUCUCUUCCUCUACGGUGCUGCCUUUGCCGCAGUCCAUGCUUUCCUCAGGUUUGGCAUUGGUUUCAAGGUCCACUACGUGAUCCUCUGUCUUCUAUGCAUCCCUCGGAUGUACAAGUACUACAUUCACACUGAGGACACUGCAGCCAAAAGGAUUGCAAAAUGGUAUGUUGCUACGAUCCUAGUGGGAAGUGUUUGCUGGUUUUGUGACCGUGUCUUCUGCAAGACAAUAUCUCAGUGGCCUGUGAAUCCCCAGGGGCAUGCUCUAUGGCAUGUGUUCAUGAGUUUCAACUCUUACUGUGCAAACACAUUCUUGAUGUUCUGUCGAGCUCAGCAACGUGGAUGGAAUCCGAAGGUAAAAUACUUUCUGGGAGUUCUUCCAUACGUCAAGAUCGAGAAGCCAAAAACUCAAUGAGAAGAAAAAGGGGAUAAAAAGCCCAGAAGCAGAAGAUCAUAAAUAUAGUUUUUGUUCAUCGUUUUGUCAGAAUCAUCUCGACCUCGGUUUUAUUUUAUUUUUUGGAAGUGCAACUCUCUAGAUACAGAGUCUAGAUUUUUUUUUUAUCUUUCUCUUUUGUAUUAGUUAUUGGGAACAAUCUUAAGAAGAAUUGAUUUUUAACUAGCUGAAAAGCUCUUGUUUCUACAAUUUCUCUUUGUACCAUAGCUAUGAAUUUGUAGCGUUCUUCUGUA